ACAACUAAUCCUCUUUUUUCCACUCUCUCUCCCCCGUCUUUUUGACUUCCCCCCUUCCAAAAGGCGAAUUUUAUCUCCGGCAAUGGUGGUCUUGUUCUCGGUUUUCCUUGUGUAGAAUAAGCGCUAGCCUGCGUGAUCGCUGUUUGGAAGUCGGGGUAGUUUUCCGGCGGAGAGCAGAGGAGGAGACGGCGGCGGAGAUGGUGCAGACGGCGGUGGAGUUUCUGGUGCCGUCGUUGUGGGAGAUUGAGGUUGCGGUGGCCGUUUCAGCGCUUGCGAUCACCGCGUAUUGUUUAUUCGCCUACAGAGACGGAGAUGACGUAGCCGGCGGUGAGGGUUUUGGUCGGUCUCACCUCUUGGAGAAUUCUAAUUCCGGAGACGCCAUAUUUGAUAAAGAUAAGAUGGGCCACUUGAGAGGAGCCGCUCAAACAAUUGCUGCAAACAUAAUCAAGGUGGAACUGCUGGCAGCUAAGAAUCUUAUCGGCGCAAGUUUAAAUGGAACAUCAGAUCCCUAUGCUAUUAUAACUUGUGGUUCAGAAAAGCGAUUCAGUUCUAUGGUCCCUGGUUCAAGAAAUCCCGUGUGGGGUGAGGAGUUCAAUUUACCUGCGGAUGAACUUCCUGCUAAGAUUAAUGUAACAAUUCAUGAUUGGGAUAUAAUUUGGAAGAGUACUGUCCUCGGUUCAGUAACUAUUCCUGUGGAACACGAAGGGCAGACAGGUCCAGUUUGGCACUCAUUGGAUAGUGUAUCUGGCCAGGUGUGCCUUAACAUUCGUACAAGCAAACCACCCCUGAAUGCUCCUAGUAGGAUCAUGCCUGGAUUUGCUGGAGCCAAUUUUAGAAGAAGGGUUUCUUUGGAUGAGCAAGGGCCAACAGUUGUACAUCAAAAGGCAGGGCCUUUGCAGACAAUAUUUGAUCUUCUCCCAGAUGAGGUUGUCAAGCACAGUUAUUCAUGUGCCCUUGAGAGGUCGUUUUUGUAUCAUGGCCGUAUGUAUAUCUCUGCAUGGCACAUAUGUUUCCACUCUAAUGUUUUCUCUAAGCAAAUGAAGGUAGCUAUACCCCUUGGAGAUAUCGAUGAGAUUCGUAGAAGUCAACAUGCUUUCAUAAACCCGGCUGUAACGAUCAUUUUACGGAUGGGUGCUGGUGGACAUGGUGUUCCUCCUCUCGGGGGUCCUGAUGGUAGAGUGAGGUAUAAAUUUGCAUCAUUUUGGAACAGGAAUCAUGCUUUAAAAGCAUUGCAGCGUGCAGUAAAAAACUACCGUGCAAUGUUAGAAGCAGAAAAGGAAAGAGCAGAGUCCACUUUACGUGCCCAUAGUAGCUCGGUGAAAUAUGAUCAAGGAGAAACAAAAGCUCCUGAAGAUAGUGUAGCUGUUCCUGAAAAGUAUCAGUCUUUCAUCAAGGAGGAAGUUCUUGUCAACAUCUACAAUAAUGUUUUCCCUUACACUGCCGAGCAAUUCAUGAACAUCUUGUUGUCUGAUAAUUCCACUUACACUAAUGAGUAUCGGUCUGCACGAAAGGAUAAAAACAUUAAUAUAGAACUGUGGCAUCCUGCUGAAGAAUAUGAAGGGAAAGUGAGAGAGAUUAAGUUCAGAUCCAUUUGUAAUAGUCCUAUGUGUCCUCCAGACACUGCAGUGACGGAAUGUCAGCAUGUUGUUCUAUCACCAAACAGGAACGCACUUGUUUUCGAAAUGGUGCAACAGCCGCACGACGUUCCUUUCGGUUCUUGUUUUGAGGUUCACUGUCGGUGGCGACUGGAAACUAGAGACGAUAAUUCUUCUUCUAUAGAUAUAAGAGUGGGUGUACAUUUCAAGAAAUGGUGCUUGAUGCAAUCCAAGAUCAAAUCCGGGGCCAUUGAUGAGUACAAGAAAGAGAUGAAUGUGAUGUUAGAAGUAGCCUCCUCGUACCUCAAGUCAUCAUACUCUUCUUCGAGCCCCGAAGCCAAGUCAUCUUCUUCAUCUCCUACACGAGACCACAGCAGCUAAACCCAAAACACUUGAAAAGCUUUCUUGAUUUUUUCCUCCUCCUCUAUUGCCAUUACAUCAAAUAGCUUUUGUUGGUUUACAUGUACUAAAGGCUAACAUCACGAUAUUACCUUUGCCAGUUUCCAAUGGCGGAAACAGAGCAAAGAACAAAGAAAAUGAAGAAACAGUUCUUUUGGGUUUUGUCA